CAGGCCAUCCUUGAGUUUCAAAAUCAGCGAGGUGGCUCAUCGACACUCAAGGUACCCUCUAAUCCCGGCACGGGAUCUAGCUCUCCGACACCUUCUCCUACAUCCACCAUCCCCCGGAUGACCUUUCCCGCAAAGUGAAUCAUAUCGAAUCGUACGGACCAGCUCUAUUAGCCGUGCUAGCCGUUAAUGCUGUCAUUAUGGUUGUGGUUGUCAUCGUCGGCAUUAUGUACCUUCGACGGAGCUGUGGGAGAGACCGGGCGACAGGGGAUACUCCGGAGAUGGGCCGCAGCCGAAAUCUGGUCUCCUCCAGAAUCCCUUUUCAUCUAUGGGCUUCCGUGGUCUUUCAAGCGAACGAAGAAACGGGGUCGCAAUGGACCAGCCAAUAAUACGAUCUCGACAAUGGGGCUCCCGCCCAAUGGAAACAACACCGAGGAAUUCCGUUCGAAUAAUCCUGGGAUUUCCGAUUGUCCGGUUUCGUUGCAAAAUUCCGAUGCAGCGUAUAGAGGCGCUCCUCUGUCGAAACGUAUCGCAUGUCCACCGUGAGUUCCGGCUUGAGGAAUCCCAGCAUCAGUGCGAACUUCCUGCCUCCUGCCUCGCUCAUGACGCCUGGUAUGGAUACAGAGACUCCAAUGCCAGGAGGAGAUGAUCACCAGGUUCAGCAACUGAGGGGUAAGGAAGACCACGCUUCCUGGCGUUGCCCCUUCACAAGUAAACGAUACAUGCCUGUAACUUAUAGCUUUCUUUAGGAUGCCGUACGUUAGCUCAUCCCUUCCUGUCCGUAUUGAAUUCUAUAACCUGCCUAUCUCCGCCUCAACGAACAAGUUCGCACCUGCGUUACGCUGCCCUCGCCGACCUCGAACAUCAUAAUGCAGAGCAUUCGAAAAGGCCGUCCAAGACUG